AAAAAGAGCUCGGUCAACAACCUGGGUAAGAAUCCAAUAUGGCGGCUGUCGAGGCCGAAAUGGUCUCUGGCAUUCCUGUAGUAGAUUUUACUGCAUUUAGUCUGAAACACAUAACGAGACCCUCAGCCAGCAGCGAAGAAGUCCAAAUACUAGCAAGGAAGAUAUAUAAUGCAUUCAGUACSGUGGGUUUUGUGUAUUUGGUGAAUCAUGGCAUUUCAGAAAGUGAGAUUGACAAUAUUUUUGGAGUCAUGCAUCAGUUUUUUAACUUGGAAAAGGAAACYAAGAAAARCUAUAAUAAAUGGGAUGACGCCCUGCAGAAUGGAUGGGACAGACUUGAAAAAGAACGGCAACGAAACUAUUCCAUUCACAGUAACAACCCAGAUCGACCUCCUGACCUCAAGGAGUCAUUUGACAUUGGUCACAUCCAUGAGAAUUCUUUUAAAUGGCCUGAUGAUGUAUCACCUGACUUCAAACCAAGAAUUCAAAGCUUUUAUGAKMAUCUCAARAUUUUAGGUUUAAGAAUACUGUCUGCCAUUGCUCUUGGAUUGGACCUGGAUGUUGACACUUUUGCACCAAGUUAUCAAAAGAUGGGCACAAAGAAUGGCAACACACAGCUACGGUUAAACUACUACCCCAAGUUAAACCAAGACUUUAAGUUUAAACAAGAUCAGAUACGCUGUGGUGAGCACACAGACUAUGGUGGUGUAUCKAUAUUGUUUCAGGAUGACUGUGGAGGCUUGGAGUAUCACCGCGUUUCUGUCACUGAAAGUCUUAAAGAAAGAGCACGUUGUUCAGCUGUGUUCUUCUUCAAUCCUGAUCGUGAYGCAAUAAUACAAUGCCUGGAUGGUCAAAAUAAGUACCCUACAGUAAAGGCAGGUGACUACAUCCAUACAAGGCUACAGGCUGGAUACAGUGCUGGAACAUAAUGCAUUAUGGACUUGAAGUACAAUCAUUCACAAAUAUCCUGAACACUCACUUAUCGUUAUUGAUCGUUCUCAACCAUUCCCAUGAAAAGACCGGUGGCCAUGUUGGAGGAACAAACAAUAGAUACUAAUGAGAAAUCCUUUGUUGAAGUUCCUCCAAGAUGGCCGCAGUGACGUAUCGUGAACACGAAGAAUAUUGCAGAUAUUGUGUGCUUUUUGGAUAAUUUCAGAUGAUUUUGUCGUAAAACAUAGUUAGAAGUCAGUUGAACUCUAAAUUAUAGUUUUUUAGGGAUAUUUAAACACAUUUAGCUGCAGUUUUUSUGAUAACUGAAAUAUUUAAGGGCAUUCCGAAUUAUUGCGCACUCUCUUCUGCGCACAAUUUUUGAUGAUGAUAAUAAUAAUAAUAAUGACAAUAAUAAUAAUAAUAAUGAUGUAGUAUUUAUAUAGCGCAAAAUAUCCAUAAGUUCAUAUGCGCUUUACAAUAAGAUAAAUAACAUUAUACUAAAAUCAUUGAUCAUCGAGAACACCAGCAAUUGAAUCUAGCGCGCAAUAUAUUCUUUGUUUUCAGGUGACSUCACGUACAACGGCCAUCUUUUGGAGGAACUUCAAUAAAGGAUUUCGCAUAA